UUUUAGAAGUGUGCCAAAGCCACAACUUAUGCCUUGCAUUCCCCCGUAAGCGUUGCCUUCUCUUUAUUGCUGCAUCAUGAAAGAAAGGCGGAUGAGAUUUUAGUGCAUCAAAUUUUUCCCUCGCUCCCUAAUUUUUCUCUCUCAAAACCACAUGGACUCCCCGAGGCUCCUUUUUGUGACAACAACCAAAGAAAAAAAGAGCCCUGAACUUCAGUCAUGGACAAGGGGCCUCCACCAAGUACUUUGUAUGCAAGGAGGAGAUGAUGACGGAAGCUACGCCAAGAACUCCGAAGCCCCCGCCUCCGCCAUUGCCCUGUCAAAGCCGCUCCUCAUCGAGGCUAUCACCUCAAUGAAGCUCUUCGACAAAGAAUCCUCAAUAAGAAUUGCUGAUCUAGGAUGUGCAACAGGCCACAACACCCUAUCCACUGUUGAACUCCUCGUUCAUAGCCUGAAGGAAAGAUACAAGAAAGAAAAAGACUAUAUGCCAGAGUUUGAGGUCUUCUUCUCUGAUCUACCAUCCAACGAUUUCAACUCUCUUUUUCGCUCGUUGCUUUCAUCAUGUGAUGCAUCCAAGAUGCCUUACUACUUCUCUGGCGUCCCUGGGUCAUUCUACGAUCGCUUGUUUCCAAAUGGGAAGCUUCAUCUAGCGGUUAGCUUGAGUGCAUUGCAUUGGCUCUCACGGGUUCCAGAGGAAGUGUUAGACAAGAAAUUGCCCGCCUGGAACAACGGAAGGGCAUGGAUAGAUGGAGCAAAGAAAGAAGUGGUGGAUGCCUACGCGAAGCAAUCGUCUGAGGAUUUACUGGCUUUCUUGAAUUGUCGAAAGAAGGAAAUCGUCGAGGGUGGAAUGUUGUUUUUAUUGAUGGCGGGAAGACCAGAUUCUCAACGACCGGAGAACCAGUUAGGGGAUCCUGAUUCAAGGGCCAAGCAUCCGUUCACAAGCUCCAUGGAUCAAGCUUGGAAAGAUUUGCUAGAUGAGGGAUUGAUCGAUGAGGAGAUGAGAGACACAUUCAACAUCCCGGCAUACAUGAGGAGCACAGAAGAGGUCAGGAGGGCAUUCGAUCAUUGUGGUGCAUUUGAAAUCAAACGGCUGGAGUUUCUUAGGAUCGUCGAACACUCGAAGGAGAAACAAGCGGAGUGGAUCAAAGACCCAGUUUCAUAUGGUCGAGCUAAGGCUAAUCUGGUUCGAGCCACUUUGAAACCUAUUGUCAAGGCUCACCUUGGAUCAUUGCUUUCCGAGGUUUUAUUCAAGCGAUUUGAGAAGAGAGUCUCUCAAGACAUAAGCAUGCUUGAAAAGACUUGUUUCUAUGGCCUGAUUGUUGUGUGUGCAAUUAGGAAGUGAAUUCUUCUAUUAUAGAUUACCCUUUCUUUUUUCUCUAGGUAAGUUGUUUGCCUAUAAAAUUAAUUCUAGAAAAUGUAUCAAUCAAAAAGGCAGUGAAAUCUUUUGUCUA